AUGCUUUUUUCUUUUAAAAAUCAAAAUAAUAUAAUUAACCAAGUUAAUAUUCAGUAUCCCAAGUGCAAACUUUGCAAGCCUAUCAUUUCUCAUUCAUCACAAUCUUCAUCCAAAGACUUGGUUUUAUUAUUUGCAACUGAUCGGUAUAAUAGAAUUGAAAUACUUGCUAGAUCACUUCGAUCAGUUGGAUGUCUUGCCCGAAUAGUUGUUUUAGUACCGUUAAAUGCUAAUAUUACCCAGGAUUUAACAGAUUGUGGAAUUGAAUUUGUUAAAAUUGCCUCUGUCUCCUCUAGAUUGCAGAGAUCUCCACAUAAAAUGAGAUGGGAAUGGUAUUAUCAAUACCUUCAGGAACAUUUGAAUGAAUUUGAUCGAAUUCUUCACACAGAUGCGUUUGAUACUUACGCUCAAUACGAUCCUUUCUCAAACAAUAUUAAGAAUGAUACUUUAUAUGCGAUUUCAGAAGAUCGUCCCAUCAAGGAAUGCAUUUUCAAUACAAAAUGGUUAAAUUCCUGUUACAACAAUACAGUUUUAGAAGAACUCUCUGAGAAGAGUAUACUCUGUAGCGGAACCGUAAUAGGGGGAGCUCGCCAAUUCAUGAAACUAGUUGAAACAAUGGUAGAUCGAGUUGGAUGGGAUGAUUGUUGGACAAAAGCUCAUGACCAACCUGUGUUUACUUAUGUUAUAUACAACGAAUUGAUUGAUUCCCUUAAAAUUGAAUUUUUAGGAUGUAAUUCCGAAUUUGCAACAAUGAAUUACUGUUAUUCUGAAAAGAAAACACUUUUCUAUAAUGAUAAGUUACUCAAACCUAAUUUAAUUGGUUAUCCUUCUUUUGUCCAUCAAUACAACAGAUAUCCAGAAGUUGAUGACCAUUUUCAGAAGAAUUGCAAUAUCAGAAUCGAUAGAGCUAAAGAAAAGAAAUCUAAAAAUAGUGUGAAUAACUUAAAUGCGCAAAUUAGAUGA